UCCGCCCCAGCCGCCGCCGCCGCGGGGUCGCGGAGCUUCUCCGCUCCCGGGCAGCCGCCUCCGGCCGCGCCUCCGAAGCCGCGGCGGCGUCCGCAGCCGGAGCGCCGCCUCCCCGGCAGCGGGGACAGCGCCGGGCUCCGAGCAGGAGGAGAAGGACAAGGAGGAGGAGGAGGCGGCGAGCGGGCUCCGCGGCGCGGCCUCAGCGCCCUCCCCGUCCCGACCGCGGCUCCGCCUGCGCCCGCUCCCCGCCGGGUGGGCGCUGCGCUCCCGCGGCGCGAUGUCGGCGCGGCGGCGGCGGAGGGCGGCUGCCCAGGAGCAGGAGGAGGAGGAGGAGGAGAAGGAGGAGGAGGAGGAGGAGGAGGAGGAGGAGGCGGGUAGCGACAAGGAAGUGGAUUUGGAAGAAAGACUUUGCGAGUUGGAUCUUAAAAGUGAUUCAGAUGUUCCUGAUGUUCCUCCACCAACAGACAGCACUCCAGAAAUCCUCAAGAGAGCUUUGUCAGGCUUAUCUGCCAGAUGGAAAAAUUGGUGGAUUCGUGGAAUUCUCAGUCUAGCUAUGAUUUCUGGUUUUUUUCUGAUCAUAUACCUGGGAUCAUUUAUGCUGAUGCUUCUGGUCUUAAGCAUCCAAGUGAAGUGUUAUCAUGAAAUCAUUACUAUUGGUUACAGAGUCUACCACUCCUAUGACUUACCAUGGUUUAGAUCCCUCAGCUGGUACUUUUUGCUGUGUGUGAACUACUUCUUUUAUGGAGAGACUGUAGCUGAUUACUUUGCUACAUUUGUACAAAGAAGAGAACAGCUACAAUUCCUCAUUCGUUACCACAGGUUUAUAUCUUUUGCACUGUAUUUAACAGGAUUCUGCAUGUUUGUUUUGAGUUUAGUGAAGAAACAUUAUCGUCUGCAGUUUUACAUGUUCGCAUGGACUCAUGUCACUUUGCUGAUCACUGUAACUCAAUCUCAUCUUGUCAUCCAAAAUCUCUUUGAAGGCAUGAUCUGGUUUCUGGUUCCAAUUUCAAGUGUUAUCUGCAAUGAUAUUACUGCUUACAUUUUUGGGUUCUUCUUUGGCAGAACUCCAUUAAUUAAGCUGUCUCCCAAGAAGACCUGGGAAGGGUUCAUUGGAGGCUUCUUUUCCACUGUUGUAUUUGGAUUUAUUUUUUCCUAUUUUUUGGCUCAACAUCAGUACUUUGUCUGCCCCGUGGAAUAUAACAGUGAAACCAACAGAUUUGUGACAGAGUGUGAACCUUCAGAGCUGUUUCAAAUGAAGAAGUACUCUGUGCCACCAUUGCUUCAGGCUGUGUUGGGAUGGGAAACAGUGCAUAUGUACCCAUUUCAGAUGCACAGCUUUGCACUGUCAAUAUUUGCCUCAUUAAUUGGGCCAUUUGGAGGAUUCUUUGCCAGUGGAUUUAAAAGAGCUUUCAAAAUCAAGGAUUUUGCAGACACAAUCCCUGGGCAUGGUGGGAUAAUGGAUCGCUUUGAUUGUCAGUACUUGAUGGCCACUUUUGUUCAUGUCUAUAUCACCAGUUUCAUAAGGGGUCCAAAUCCCAGCAAAUUACUGAAACAGCUGUUGAUACUUCAGCCUGAGCAACAAUUAAGUGUAUAUAAAACCCUGAAAUCUCACCUCGUUGAAAAAGGGAUUCUUCAGCCAUCUCUGAGAGGGUAGUUUGUUAAAACAGAGGACUAGAAGAAAACUUCAUUUAUGAGAAGCCUGUGGAAAAGCAUUGCAAAGGUGCACAUAAAUAAUACCUAUAGGAAGAGUAGUUUGUGGUCUGGAAAAGGUGAAUGUUUCCUGAAAUGAAUGUGAAUACUAUGACUUCUUACUAGGACACUACAGAUCUCUUACUCCUAAAAUAAUUCAAAUGCUUACAAAGUACCAGUACACAUGCUGCGUAUUUUAGUUCCUGAGGUGGAUGGGAGCAGUCUUCCUCCAGCACCCAGCCUGACAGUCUUUGUAGUUAAGGAAAAAAAAUAAUGAAAUUCCCUGUAAGUUUUUAAUGAGUUAUUUAAAACUGUAUAUCUUAGGAACACCUUUUUGGUCUCCAGUGGUUCCUGAAGUGUGAACACAUGAGGCAGGCAGUAACUUCUAUGUAGGCUGGUGCUGAAAUUCCUAUUGGCCAGAAAACACUUGUUAGCCUGGUCAAAGUAGUACUUAGAGCCUGCUGUAUUGGACUACUUGUUUUUUCUAAACCAUUAUGAAGGUUAAGCCUACCUCUGUUUUUAAUUUAGCAGCUUUCUUAUGAAACCAUUUCAUGCUUUCAAGAGAAAAGUACAUUCAUUGAAAUAUAGCUGGGCAGUUUGGGCUGUGGAACUACUAUUUUUUUUGGUUAGUGUUACACAUUAUAAACAAUUGUGUACAUCCAGGAGUAGAGAUUACCUGAGAAAAUGGAAUUCUCCUACCAGUAAACGGAUCAGGGAGAAUCUGGAGUUAAAGUCCUUGGUUUCCACAGCCUGGUCAGUGUCUGAAGACAGUAAUUCAAGCCUUAUUCCUUGUGCCUCUUAACUGCUGUGUAGAAUUGGGGUAUUUCCUUCUUUUUAAAAGCACUUUGAGGUCCUGAGUAAAAAGUGAAGUUUAAGUCCUACGUAUAAAUAUGUUUCUCAAUGAAGGCAGAAACUGUUAGCUCCUGAAUGUGCACAGUGCAAGACAGGAUGCAUGGUUCUUCUGCUGUUAUCAUUUAUUAAGAAGAUCCUCAAGCAAGCUUGGGUAACCACAGAGGGGUUUGAAUGGAGAAUUUUUAUAGAAAGCAGCUAUUCGGUUGACUUAGGGAGUAUAUGAGGAGCAUUAAUGCUCUAUAAUUCUCAAUCCUAGUUGUUUUAUAACUUUUUUCAUCAUGUGACAUGUCUUGAUGCAAAUAAAAAUAUGAACCUUUUUUGAAAUGACAAAAAUUACUCCUGUACAAAGAAAAAGCACAAAUGCCAAUUUUGUUUUCAUAUACUGUAACUUGAUACAAUUUCAUUUUUCCAACUCACUGUAAAUAAUUUCCUCCUGCGGUGAACGUACCAAGGCCACAUCUAUGUGUGUGUGUGUGUGUGUGUGUAUAUAAAUUAUUAAAAAAUGUAUGUAUAUAUAUUAAAGAUUAAAAUUUUAAAAGGUUGGUGCUACUUGAGGAUGCAACCGUGGAAAAAAUCACAUGGGUGGGUCAUAAGCCAUAUCUAUAAAAUUCAAACUGCUUUUUGUUGAACACCAUGUAGCUGAGACCACCGUGCACUCUGUUUUGCACUUGGGCCAUGGUACCGUGUGUAUGGAAAAGCACCCAUGUACAUUGAACAAAAUCCAGGCCUAAAGCAGUUCCUGUUGAUGUCAGGUAUUUGACAGAAUUGAAUUAUGUCUGACCUGGAGAUUGCAGUACUGUAUUGAAAGAACGCUCCAAGAGGUGAAAAAUGCCACCUGCUGCUUGUCCAUCGGUGGCUGUGUGACUUGGCUUGUUAAUUGGAGGGAACUGAAAUUCAGCUCUUACUCAGGAUAGGGAAUAACCUGAAGUUAAAAGGUAGCACAGCUACCUUUGGAAAUGUGCUUUAAAAAGAAGGGAAGGGAAAAUGAGGUGGUGACCAAAGUAGAAUACCUGCAAAACUAGCUUUUAGAUGAGGCUUUGGUUAUGUAUGGGACUUUGGUAGACAUUAUGAUAAAACGCAGCCAUACUGGAGCUAGCAUAUCUUUAUCCUGGGUAUUAAAAAAAAAUCUAAAUAUUUAAAAAUUAUAUAGAGAAUAUAUAUAUAUAUAUAUAAGGGUAAUUGUUACUUCAGAAACUUGACAUUUUUAGUGUACUUUUAUAGCAUGUAUAAUAAGAAAGUUAAAAUAUAUUUUAGUAUUUAAUACAAAAACAUUUGAAAUUAAUUGCUAUCGAUGUGCACAAUAGAAAAUUCAACACUGCAGUUCUGCUUUUCAGUCUUAAAAUGAAGAAGGGAUGAAUUGUAAACUCAGUCAUCAAUUUUCUAGAUAGAGUAAUAGCUUCCUGCUGGCUUAGGCUUGGUGUAAAUAAAGCUGAGCAGGACCUGUCACUAUGAAGUGACAACUACACUUGGUUACUACACAGAGCAUUUACCCCACUUGUCACUUCUGUUAGUUCAAGCAUUGCAACAUGAGAAACAGGAAAAUCUAAUUUUUACACCAGUGCUUCUUUUCACUUACACUUUUGUCCCAAGUUGUUAUAAUUACCCACUGAGCAAAAAAGAAAACUGUAUAUUAUGUAAAUAUUGUAAAUGGUAUGAGCAUAUAACGUCUGUUUUAGUUUGACUGUUUCAAUCUUUCAUUGAAGCAGGCAUUGUAAAAAAAUAAAUAAAUAAAUAAAAUUGUGACAGAAA